AAGUUUGAAAAAGUUUUAAGGAGAAAUUUAGAUUCUCGAAUUCCAACGCGAGAUUUCUGCCAUCGGAAUUUGUCAUCAUGAUGCAACCAAGGAUCAUCCUCCUUAAGGAGGGCACAGACUCCUCCCAGGGGAAGCCACAGCUGAUUAGUAAUAUCAAUGCAUGCCAAGCCAUCGUCGACGCUGUCCGAACAACCCUCGGACCAAGGGGCAUGGACAAGUUGCUCGUCAGUGAUCAAGGAAAGUCAACUAUCUCUAAUGAUGGAGCUACGAUCAUGAAGUUGCUGGAUAUUGUUCAUCCUGCUGCCAAGACAUUGGUGGAUAUUGCCAAGUCUCAAGAUGCUGAGGUGGGCGAUGGAACCACAUCAGUUGUCCUCUUGGCCGGUGAAUUCCUGAAGCAGGUCAAGCCAUUCAUUGAAGAGGGUGUGCACCCCCAGAUCAUCAUUCGAGCUUUCAGAAAAGCGACGCAUCUCGCCGUGAAUAAAAUCAAGGAGUUGUCGGUUGGGGUUCAGACAAGUGACGCAAGUGAACAUCGGGAACUUCUGACCAAAUGUGCUUCUACAGCCCUGAGCUCAAAACUUGUUGCACACCAGAAAGAGUUCUUUGCCAAAAUGGUUGUAGAUGCUGUCAUGACCCUUGAUACAUUACUGCCCCUGAACAUGAUCGGAAUCAAGAAAGUUCCUGGUGGAGCUUUAGAGGAGUCAAAAUUGAUUGAUGGCGUGGCAUUUAAGAAAACAUUCAGUUAUGCGGGAUUUGAAAUGCAGCCUAAGAAGUACACGGAUCUGAAAAUAGCUUUGUUGAAUGUUGAAUUGGAACUGAAGGCAGAGAAAGAGAAUGCGGAAGUCAGGGUUGAUAGCGUACAGGAAUAUCAAAAUAUUGUAGAUGCAGAAUGGAAGAUUCUAUAUGAGAAAUUAGAUAAAAUCCAUGAAAGUGGGGCCAAGGUCGUUCUAUCUAAGUUACCUAUAGGUGAUGUUGCUACACAGUACUUUGCUGACAGAGAUAUGUUCUGUGCAGGUCGCGUUGUUGACGAAGAUCUAAAACGAACACUGAAGGCCUGUGGUGGUGCUGUUCAGACAUCUGUACAAGCCAUGACUGAUGAUGUUCUUGGACGCUGUAGUCUGUUUGAAGAGGUGCAAAUUGGAGGUGAAAGGUACAAUCUGUUCAGCGGUUGUCCCCAGGCAAAGACGUGCACUCUUGUCCUCCGAGGAGGAGCUGAACAAUUCAUGGAGGAAACUGAAAGAUCUUUACAUGAUGCCAUUAUGAUUGUCCGAAGAGCCAUCAAGAAUGACUCUGUUGUAGCAGGUGGUGGCGCGAUUGAGAUGGAACUAAGUAGAUAUCUAAGAGACUAUUCACGAACGAUCGCUGGUAAAGAACAGCUGCUUAUUGGAGCUAUGGCUAAAGCUUUAGAGAUUAUCCCUAGACAACUGUGUGAUAAUGCUGGAUUUGAUGCCACGAAUAUUCUCAAUAAGCUGAGGCAGAAGCAUGCAGCAGGUGGUACAUGGUUCGGCGUUGACAUCACGGCCGAAGAUAUCGCCGACAACUUUGAAGCCUGUGUAUGGGAGCCAGCUCUUGUCAAGAUCAAUGCUUUGACUGCAGCUUCCGAGGCCACAUGCCUCAUCUUAUCUGUCGACGAAACGAUCAAGAAUCCUAAAUCUGGAGGAGGAGAGGGCCAGGCACCCAUGGGCCGUGGAAGGGGGCGUCCACGUUAAUAAACUCUAGUAUUAAUUAGAAUGUUUCAACAUUUGUGUGUAGUUGUUGACUCUGGGACUACAAAACGGAAACUGUUUGAUGUCUUCCAUUGUGUAUUUCAAAACACCUUGACAACUGAAACUAUCUUUGGUAUACCAUUGUGGUAUCAAUUUCGAACUUUUAAAAAUGCUGUCGGGGUUCAAAACCUGUAUACUCUGACGGUCUUGACUUUCUAAAUCCUAGUUCAUUUCUUUUGUUCACUCAGAAGGAUGAUUUGCAUUGAUGACUUUUGUUUGGUGUUUUGAUGUAAUGAAUGUAGUAAAUUCCAAGGAUACCAUUCAUCAAUUGAGUGUAGAUUUGUUAGAAUUGAGCUAAUUUCUCAUUUGUUUGAGAGUUACUGUGAUAAUCAUUGCAAGAUUGAGUGGCUUGAUCAAAUUGUAUUCUUGUUCUAGUUUUCUUGGAAGCUGCUCAUGUGUGAUAUCUUUGGCUUUCCUUAUAAAUUCUGAUAAUACCAUCUGGUUUUUGCCUUUGUGCUGUGUUUGAUACAAACAAAUUGUAAUCCUAUUUUGGUGUUCUCCUGAACAAUCCUGGAAUAUGAACAAAAUAUAUUUGUUCCACGGAACAAAACCGUACCAGCUAACAAAAUGCUACAUCUGGUACAGUUUGAGUUUAUGUAUGUCCCAGAAGCUUAAUUUAUCACUUAAACCAUUUAAAACUGAAUGUCAUCAUGUGUGCUCAUUUAAAAUCUAGUUGCCAGCUUUUUGUACAUGUACAUCUUUUUUUGUAAAUAAUAAAAAAUGUCAUUAAGUGG